AACACCGUGACACCAAUGCGCCGUUGUUUCGAGUCACCUCCCGCCAGUGGUACGCUGAAAAGGACUAGCGGUAAGCAACUGAAGCGUGACCGCAUCCCUCUCCAUUUUUUUCACCGGCUUUGUCCUUCCCGAGUUCAUUCUUCUGCUCCGAUUCUCUCCUUUAUUCGCUCUGUUGCGCAGGAGGACGGAAAACCCUAAUCUCUAUGUUUAUUCCCUGGAUAUUGGAGAUCGAGGUGGAAUUGGCCUCUCUUCCCUGGAUCUUGUGCAAUCCAUGGCGGAGUCCCGGAGAUUUAGCAUAGGCUACGCGCUCGCUCCCAAGAAGAUACAAAGCUUCAUCCAGCCCUCGCUCGUGAAUCUGGCCAGGGAACGCGGGGUUGAUCUCGUCCCCAUCGACACCAAUCGUCCCCUCUCGGCGCAGGGACCUUUCGAUUGCGUGAUUCAUAAAAUCUGUGGCGAGGAUUGGCGGGAACAGCUCAAGGAGUACGCCGAGAACAAUCCUUUUGUUCCCAUCAUCGACCAUCCGGAUGCCAUCGAGCGGCUCCAUAACCGAAUCUCGAUGCUACAGGUUGUUUCCGAGCUGGAGAUACCACAGGAGAAGGAGACAUUCGGGAUUCCGAGCCAGAUCGUUGUUUACGAUUCUAUGUUUCUUUCGGAUUCGAGAGCCGUUGCUGCCUUGAGAUUCCCUGUCAUCGCGAAGCCUCUCGUGGCCGACGGUAGUGCCAAAUCCCAUAAAAUGUCGUUGGUAUACCACCGGGAUGGACUGCUGAAGCUGAAGCCUCCGCUUGUUCUCCAAGAAUUUGUGAAUCACGGUGGGGUCAUCUUCAAGGUCUACGUCGUCGGAGAUUAUGUUAAGUGCGUGAAGCGGAAGUCUCUUCCGGAUGUUUCUUUGGAGAAGUUGGACGGCGCUGAGGGUUCCCUGUCGUUUUCUCAGGUAUCUAACAUGACGGCCCAGGACAGAACCCAGGAGGAAUACUAUGAAAGCAUGCGACUGGAGGCCGAGUUGCCGCCCCUCAGUUUUCUCACGGAUAUUGCAAGGGGUCUGAGGCGAGCGAUGAGAUUGAAUCUUUUCAAUUUUGAUGUCAUAAGAGAUUCCAAUUCUGGCAACCAUUACUUCGUGAUUGACAUAAACUACUUCCCCGGAUAUGCGAAGAUGCCGGCUUAUGAGACGAUCUUGACUGAUUUCUUUUGUAAAAUUGUUCAUAAGAAGACUAGAGAAGAUGACGUGAAUGUUGCUGUCAGUGAUGAUGCCAAUGAGGCCAAGCUUCGUAGGAGUAAUCAUUUUGGCGGCACCGAGGUUAUCGGUAGCAAUGGUUGAGGACUGGAGAAUGGCUACAGGCUUCUGAUAUUCUUUUGCAAUAUAUUGAAGAAAAGAUAGCAAGAAUACUACAUGAGGUUGGAGUUAUCAGUCUUGACUGUUUACAUAGGUACUUUGAUUGCUGGGAGUUUUGGCGGAUAGAGUUCGAAGGAUAUGCAUUACACGCCCCAAUCUAUUCUAAUCACUGCCUACAUUGCUUUUUUAGUGCAUGUAUUUUGUUACAUUUACAGUUACCUUUUGACUGCUAUGAAGGCAUAUGGAUUGAAUCAAAUUUUGUUGAUUGUUGCCUUGAUUCAAGACGCCUUUUCUGAAAGGAAAACCAUUUUCUGGACGGCUUCAUUGAAUUACUGAACUAUUA